UAUUUUCAGAUAAUUAACACAACACAGCUCACGGUUUCGUCUCGUUUCAGGAAAAAAAAAUGGAUCGCCUCACGUCUCGUCCCCUCGCCAUCAUCUCCAUGGACCACGCCGACGACGACCACCGCCGACGCCGCGGCCACGUUCCGCCGCCGCCGCCGCCGGCCGCGGCGGAGGCGGAAGAACGCACCGGCGACUCCGAGUACGACGACGCUGCAGCCGCCGUGUCGUCGUCGUCGUCGCUCACCACCGGCGAGGGAUCAUCGGUGGCGGAUGACGACGACGACGACGCGGAGUCCUGCAGCGGCGGCAGCGGCGGAGGAUACGGGAGGAAGAACGGCAAUGGCCAAUACGUCGUCGGCGGCGGCGAGGAGGAGGAGGGCGUGGAGAGUGCGGUGGAUGAGAAGGCCGGUGUCAUGAUGACACCGGUGCCGUGGUGGUGCUGGGCGGCGGAGAAGGCGCCGGUGACGGCGGCGAAAGCGAAGGCCACCGACGGCGGCGCUCGUCGUGCGCCGCCGGCGGCGGAGGCGGUGGAGGACUCCGGAGGCCACACGGCCGAGAGCAACAGGCUCUUCUGGGAGGCCUGCAUUGCCCAUGGCUACUAAUAGUUUUUUUGGAUUGAUUACGUGCGAAUAAUUCAGUUCGUGCCAAUCAGCAGUAAUCCAUAUGUACACAGCUAGCUAGCAGCUUUGGAUUUGUUUCCCAAUUGUACAAGGUUGCAUGAGAUGAGAGUGAUGCAGAACAUGCAUGCUUCACUGGUCAAGAUCUUCAAAAGAUUCAGGACAUGUAAGAGCAAAUCCUUUUAAUUUUGUUGCACUGAAUUGUAGGGGUUAAGGUACUCCCCCUGUUUUAUAAUUUAGAUGCUUUUAGUUUUUUUUUAGUCGAACUUCUGUAAAUUUGGAAAUAUAGUAACUCUUCAACAUCUAA